GUACACAAAGGACCUCCGGAGGAUCGGUAAAGGUCAAAAAUGACAAGGAAUUUGUGUACGGGAAUCUAGAGCUCAACACACCAGUUUUGCUGUCUCUGUCCAGAUAUUUAAGAAGUGGAGCAAGGGAUUCACUCAAUCAUCCUUCCUGCUCAGACUGUGGGGAAGGAUUCACUGAAUCAUCUGACCAACUGGCACACCCAUCAUUUUGCACAGGGUGGAACGAUUCACCUGAUCAGACAGUGGAAAUGGAAUCACUCGGCCUUCUCAACUGAAGGUACAUCAGCUAGUUCAUACUGGGCAAGGCCAUUCACCUGUUCUGUGGGUGAGGAGGGAUUCAGUCAGUCUUUCCACUUGUGGACACACCAGUCAGUUCACUCUGGGCAGAGGCUGGUCAUCUGUUGAAUUUUGGGGAAGCAUUCACUCGGUCAUCUGACCGAAUGGCUCACCAGCGAGUUCACACCGGGGAGAGGCCGUUCACCUGCUCGGACUGUGGGAAAGGAUUCACUUGCUCAUCUAAACUGAAAUUACAUCAGCGUGUUCACAGUGGGGAGAGGCCGUUCACCUGCUCAGACUGUGGGAAGGGAUUCACUAUGUCAUCUAAUCUGAAGGUACAUCAGAGAGUUCACACUGGAGAGAGGCCGUUCACCUGCUCAGACUGUGGGAAGGGAUUCACUAUGUCAUCUAAUCUGAAGGUGCAUUGGAGAGUUCAUACUGGAGAGAGGCCGUUCACCUGCUCAGACUGUGGGAGGGGAUUUACUUGCUCAUCCAAACUGAAAGUACACCAGCGAGUUCACACUGGGGAGCGGCUGUUCACCUGCCCGGACUGUGGGAAGGGAUUCACUUGCUCAUCCGAACUGAAAGUACACCAGCGAGUUCACACCGGAGAGAGGCCAUUCAUCUGCUCAGACUGUGGGAAGGGAUUCACUCAGUCAUCCCAUCUGAAGGUUCACCAGCGAAUUCACACUGGGGAAAGGCCGUUCAUCUGCUCAGACUGUGGGAAGGGAUUCACUUGCUCAUCCGACCUGAAGGUCCACCAGCGAGUUCACACUGGGGAGAGGCCAUUCAUCUGCUCAGUCUGUGGGAAAGGAUUCAGCUGGUCUUCUCAACUGAAAUCACAUCAGAGAGUUCAUACUGGAGAGAGGCCAUUCACCUGCUCAGACUGUGGGAAGGGAUUCACUGCGUCAUUCCACCUGAAGAUACAUCAGAGAGUUCACACUGGAGAGAGGCCAUUCAUCUGCUCAGACUGUGGGAAGGGAUUCACUCAGUCAUCCCAUCUGAAGGUUCACCAGCGAGUUCACACUGGGGAGCGGCCGUUCACCUGCUUAGACUGUGGGAAGGGAUUCACUUGCUCAUCCGAACUGAAGUUACAUCAGCGAUUUCACACUGGGGAGCGGCCGUUUGCCUGCUCAGACUGUGGGAAGGGAUUCUCUGUUUCAUCCCAGCUACUGAGUCACCAGUCAGUUCACACCGGGGAGAGGCCAUUCAGCUGCUCGGAGUGUGGGAAGGGAUUCACUAUGUCAUCUAAUCUGAAGGUACAUCAGAGAGUUCAUACUGGAGAGAGGCCGUUCACCUGCUCAGACUGUGGGAGGGGAUUUACUUGCUCAUCCAAACUGAAAGUACACCAGCGAGUUCACACUGGGGAGCAGCUGUUCACCUGCCCGGACUGUGGGAAGGGAUUCACUUGCUCAUCCGAACUGAAAGUACACCAGCGAGUUCACACCGGAGAGAGGCCAUUCAUCUGCUCAGACUGUGGGAAGGGAUUCACUCAGUCAUCCCAUCUGAAGGUUCACCAGCGAAUUCACACUGGGGAAAGGCCGUUCAUCUGCUCGGACUGUGGGAAGGGAUUCACUUGCUCAUCCGACCUGAAGGUCCAUCAGCGAGUUCACACUGGGGAGAGGCCGUUCACCUGCUCAGUCUGUGGGAAAGGAUUCAGCUGGUCUUCUCAACUGAAAUCACAUCAGAGAUUUCACACUGGAGAGAGGCCAUUCACCUGCUCAGACUGUGGGAAGGGAUUCACUGCGUCAUUCCACCUGAAGGUACAUCAGAGAGUUCACACUGGAGAGAGGCCGUUCACUUGCUCAGUCUGUGGGAAGGGAUUCACUCAGUCAUCCCACCUAAUGGCUCACCAGCGAGUUCACACUGCGGAACGGCCGUUCACCUGCUUAGACUGUGGGAAGGGAUUCACUUGCUCAUCCGAACUGAAGUUACAUCAGCGAGUUCACACUGGGGAGCGGCCGUUUGCCUGCUCAGACUGUGGGAAAGGAUUCUCUCUUUCAUCCCAGCUACUGAGUCACCAGUCAGUUCACACCGGGGAGAGGCCAUUCAUCUGCUCAGUCUGUGGGAAGGGAUUCAAUUGGUCAUCUCACCUGCAGAGACACCAGUCAGCCCACACGGGGAAAUGGCCAUUCACCUGCUCAGUCUGUGGGAAGGGAUUCACUCAGUCAGCUCAAUUGAAGGUACAUCAGCGAGUUCACACCGGGGAGAGGCCGUUCACCUGCUCAGUCUGUGGGAAGGGAUUCAAUUGGUCAUCUCACCUGCAGAGACACCAGUCAGCCCACACGGGGAAAUGGCCAUUCACCUGCUCAGUCUGUGGGAAGGGAUUCACUUGGUCAUAUAAGCUGAAUAGACAUCAGCGAGUUCACACUGGGGAGAGGCCGUUCACUUGCUCUGUCUGUGGGAAGGGAUUCGCUGAGUCAUCUGAACUGAAGAUACAUCAGCGAGUUCACACUGGGUAGAGGCCGUUCACUUGCUCUGUCUGUGGGAAGGGGUUCGCUGAGUCAUCUGAACUGAAGAUACAUCAGCGAGUUCACACUGGGUAGAGGCCGUUCACUUGCUCUGUCUGUGGGAAGGGAUUCGCUGAGUCAUCUGAACUGAAGAUACAUCAGCGAGUUCACACUGGGUAGAGGCCGAUCUCCUGCUUAGAGUUUGGCAUAAGAUUCUCUCAGCCAAAUCAACCGAAUGUGCAUCAUUGAGUUCACACUGGGGAGAGGCUUUUCACCUGCUGUGAAUGUGGGAAGCGAUUCACUCAGUCAUCUAACCAUAUGCAACUCUCACUUCGGCUAGCAGCUUAACUUUUAGAGUGAUAGCUCCCCAACCCAGCCAACUUAAGAAAUCUCAUUUGGUUGGAUGCUUCAUGAUGUGUCCCGUUCCAAAUCAGUACACUGAAAUAACAAACUGUACACAAUAUGUGAUUAAACAAUUGAGAUUUAUAAUUCCUACUUAGACUAUAGGUUUAGUAAAGAAAACAAAAAGAAAGAAAAAGGGCCCACUCUCUCCAUUCACAUCUUCUCAUUUCUCCCCAGCAAAAGGUGGUGAAAUUCUCUCUUCCAGACUCACAGGAAAGAACAACAUUUCUGCCAUUGGAGAGCCCCGCACUCCCAAACCCUGUUAUCUCUAGUCAUAACCUAAACAUUGUUGCUGCAGAGAAACAAUUACCUUAGCAGUGAAACAUUACAUAGAGGCCAUUACAGUAGCCGUGAAACCUUGCAGCAUGUUAUACUUGUGACUCACCGCCGGGUUCACACUGGGCAGGAAGUUUCAAUAAGCUGUAUGCUGGAUAUUUCUCCAUCACCAUUGCUGAAUGCGAUUUCAAGACUGACUGUUGGUGCUGAACUCUGCAAUUAUUGCUGCUGCUCACCACACCCAGUUCUGCACCCUGGUCACUGGGCAUGGGAGGAGUUUCUUCUGCUGCACAUUCUCCUUUAAUGGGACUGGAGUUUAAUAUUCUGCAUCUGAGACAAAUAAAUCAGUUCUAUUUUAAA